CUCUCCGACACAACAUCUUUCAGUCUCGAGUCCACAUGCAUUGACCACUUACCUUAGGUACCUAGAGUGCCCUAUCCAAGAUCAUGGCGCUCGCGUUGCGUCAUGCUUCGCUCUUGAAACCAGAGAUAUGAUUAGCCCAAGCAGUCUCGGAGUUCGAAGCUUCGCUUGACUCCUCACAAAAGGCAUCUUUCAGGAAUGAGCGCUCUACAGCAUGCACCAAGCCCCCAACCGAGGGCGAUGUGAUGCGUUUCACGGCUGAAGUUGACCGUCAAGCUCGUCAGAAGCGGCUGUCCUCCCGAUGCUUUGGGCCUCGUCUGACGAACUUACUCCAAUCAGUUCAACAAUUUGCUGCUUUAGGCGACGUCGUGGUAGGCGGAUCACAGAAUCUUGUCGCGUGCGGGGUAUGGGCAGCAGUCAGGAUGACCUUACAUAUUUGUAUCGGGUUCUCCUCGUAUCUGGAGAAACUUUCCCUCCUAUUCAUGGCUGCUGGCAGACAAGCACCGCGUCAUCAGGCAUUAGCUUUGGUCUAUCCGAAAUCCAAAGAGCUGCAAAACCAUCUCUGCGAGUAUUUCAUCGUCGUCACUCAUAUCUGCCACCGAGUUCAGUCUUUCGCCCGGAAAUCAACCUUUGGCCAAUUGACAACUUCCCUCAACGACUCGGACAUCAAAAACUUCCAAUCUGAUCUUGUUCUAUGGUCUACAUCAAUCAAAGAGGAGGUCGAUUUGUUGCUCAACAAGCAUCAUGAAAAUGAGGCCCAUUUGAGCGCCAAAGCACGAGCAUUAGCAGCUCGCUGGUCGGCCUCUACAGCACACCGAUAUGACGUCGAAAAGAAGUCAAAGUGGCUUAAUUCUUGCUCUACCUACGAUUUCCAGACAACUUGGAAGCAAAUGCAAAAAAUUGGUUCAACUUCGUUGCUCGCAAGAUCUAGCGAGUAUCGGCAAUGGAAAGAGCUUCACUCAUCAACAUCAAUCCUCUUCAGUGGCAAAAUCGGCGCUGGGAAGUCUGUCACGAUGGCAAACGUUUGAUGUCUUCGCGUGAUGUCUUCGCGGAUGAUUUGUUAUUACCUCAACUAGGAGAUGAGGACUUUUUGCACGUCCUAAGACUGGGAUCAAUGAAGUACAAACAGAAAUAUAUAA